GGUGUUAUGAGAUCAAGUUACCUUACAAGAACAAGUAGAUUCUCAGUUGUUUCGUGACCUUUCACUAGCGAUCUUGAUUUAAAUGUUGAGCGAGAACGGCGUCCGUCGCUGAGCAAAACAAAACCGCAUCGGAGGGAGCCGCCCCAGCGCCAUUUCAUUCCGUCAAUUAAACCAUCGCAAGCCCUCGGGAAAAGAGACCGAAAAUAACAAUCUCCUCGUCUGCGGCUCAGACGUAACGGUGCACCAUGCUGAAAAUCCUCCUCCUCCUGGCGACGGCGUCCACGGCGUGGACGUCGCGCGGCGAGCACAGGGUCCACAACAUCAUUUUGAACCCCGAGAAGUACUCCAGGUGCCAGACCACCAGGAUCCAGCAGGUGGUGGCGUCUCCGGGGUACGAACCCGUUACUAUCGACAACAACGUGUGCGUGGGGUGGUGCUAUAGCUAUAGUAUACCUAGCACGCAGCCGGCGGAACCGGGAGAGGUGAUUGGUCCGUAUUGUGACAGCUGUCAACCAGUGGAAACGAAGUGUUACCACGUCACUUUACAAACGGAUGGUAAGAAUGCCGAAGCCCCGAAGACUUUCCAAAAACGGGUACAAAUUAUCAAGAGGUGUCUCUGCAAGAGCUGCGAGACCGUCCAGAAGGAGGAUUGCGAAAUUACGGGGCAGACGACGUUGGAGCUUCCGCACGACCUCUUCUCCAAUCAAACCCAAGAACCGGUGCCCGAGGUCCCCGAACUCCUGCAUUUCCCGAGUCAUAAGCGCCCCCCGAUUGUCAACUUCGACGUCACCAACACCACCACCGAGCAACGCUACGACCUCAACUCCAAACUCAUCAACUUGCUCAAGAGCAUCCAGAGCGAAGGCGAAGACACUAACAUCAGCUACGACAAAAACCAGCUCCAAGACCUUCUGAAGAUCAUCGAAGGCUCGGAGAACGAACUCAGCGACAAGAACCUGAUGGAGUUCGUGAACUUCGUCAACAUCCACAACUCGGAGGACCUGGAGCUCGACUUGAGUCGCCUGAAAGAAGUGUUGACUUCCUUCCAGAAAAACCAGAACGUGGUGCCUCCACAAACCAACAACCUGGAGAUCGAGCAAGACCUGAAAAAAUACGACCUUCCAGACACUUUCGGGUUGGAAGAAAGCCAAAUCAAGCACCACCUCGGCGACGAGGUCCACGUGGGGCUGAACGUGGGCCACCUGGUGAAGGGCCCCCACGGCAGCAUGGUGCUAGCGCCGAACUUGAAGGUCGAGGAGAAGCUAAACAUAGACUCCGACGUGCUCAAACCCAACCACGACGGGGUCGUCAUAGCCUACGAAAGCCACAGGAAAACUAACAAUAUUUUGACGAAUUGAAAACCGAAAUAAAUUUCGAGAUUCUAGUCCGUUUUGUCGAUUUCGAAAAAUGUAAAUUUGGGUUGUCAGAUACGUAAGUUUUGGCUCUUUCCAACAUACAGCUUUAAAUUGUACAAAAGUCGGGGUGAACCAGCCAGAGUUUUGCUUUUGAUUUUUUUCAAGUUUCGUUUGUUGUUAGUUUUUAAGUGCUCUUGGUUUAUUUCUGCGUGGUUUUCCCCUUCGUCGUCUGUUUCUUUAGGUUUAAAUUAGAGUGAGCAAAAAAUAACUAUUCGGGUCGCAAAUUGCAGCUAUUUUUGUUACUAAUCUGAGUUCUAACGAAAUUAACUAACUGGACGCUAGUGUGUGUGGUUUUUCACUGAGUUGUAUCGAAAUUGUAAAGGCUGUGUGCUUUUUUUAGUCAAAAUAUUUUUUACUUUCUUUACUUUUGUUGUCAUAGUUUUAUAUAUUUUUAUGUACUAAUCUGUUUUAACAAGAUAUAAUAUAUUCGAUUUCUCUUU